GUGUGAGUGGGUGGGUGGGUCCAACGUGCCUGUAAGGUGGCUUAAUGGGGUUCACACCUGAAGUUUGUAGAAUUGUCAUUUUUUUUUUUUUUGGUCAUUAUUUUUAAUUUACUACAUUAAAGAGGAAUCAUGAAUUUAAAUAGAAAUAUGGGGUCACAGAGCUUGUUAUUGAACUACAAUGUUUUAAACUUCACCUUUGUGUACUUAAAAUCUACUUACAAUUAAUUCACAAGAACUCGAUUUGAACUUGAGAUUUAUUUCCAUAAAUUCGUUAUGUCUGUUGGUGUCAACACUACAUAAGCAACACAUAUCAAUCAUUACAUUAAAUAAAAUGCCUAAGCAUGUCUUCCAACAAUGUAGAUAUGAAGAGGUUUAAUGCUCGUAGAUUGAAAAUAAAACGUGACCUUUUUUACACUUGAUAUACAGAAAAAUUUUCAUAUUAAUGUGUAUAAUUCAGGAGAUUAAAAGAACAUAUUACUCAGUAUUGUCAGUUUUUAAAGUUGCACAAAGUCUUGCCUUCAAAUCUAAAAUAAGAUUGAAAAAAUGGGGGUAAUAUAUAGAUCAAAUUGUUUGAUUUUUUGCAGAAAUACUAAACUUUCAUACAAAAUUUCGGGUAAAUCAAUAUAGAGGUUUUUACUCUAUAGGUGUUCUGUUUGGAGAAAAAUGUAUUAACCAAAUGAAUGUAUAACAGUUGAAUUAGUUUAAGUCUACUUGUAUCAUGAAUCACAAAAUUAAAAUGCACGUCUAUUGGUAUGAUUAUUGACGAUUUUGGGUAAAACAGAAACUGUAAAAUCGAGCAGAUUUAGAACUUUUUGGAUUAGACAAUCCCCCCACCACAAAAUGUAAUCCUUUCCAAACCCUUUCAGAAUUUUGAUCAACAUAAAAAUUUUCAACUGGAUACGUUUGAGCAAAAAUGUAUAAUAUUUAUGGACCAAUGAAGUAAGAAUUGGGCCAUGUGCCUUCACAACUGUAGCAUCCUGUGCAGUUGUGCUCAAAACACUGAAGAGCUAACAGUAACUAUUCUUAAAUCAUCCGACAGCUUCUGUAUGUAAUACACCAGUCAAGAAAAGUCUGACGGUAAACAACGUUUGAUGAUAAACUUCUGAGGAAUUUAGGCAGACUUAUCAGUAGUUAGAGACGGUCUUUGAUUCAUGAGUGUCUUGCUAUAUAUAUGACAUGCAAAUGAUUUUCAGAUAAAUAUUUCUAGGGAUACAAACAUUCAACUUUAUGACCAACAGGAUAACUUGAACAGCUUCUCCAUCGUCAACUUCCCAUAUUUAUGUAGCAAUAUUCUAUUAUCACCUGCAUAUGGUGUUUAUAUUUUUCAACUGAUUCGAUACACAAGAGGUUGUUCUGCGUAUGAUCAAUUUUUUGAAUCGAGGCAGGCAACUGACAAAUAAGUUGAUGUUACAGGGGUUUCAACAGUCUCGUUGUUUUUUUUUUAAAGUCAGUAUUUAGGAAAUUUUAGGGUCGAUAUAAUGAUCUAGUUUGCCAAAACAACCUGUAAUUUGGGUCAAAUGCUGUCUGACGUGUUUUAUAAGGAUUGUUAGGCCGUUCUUGGCACACUGAGUUACGGAUUAUUCUGUUUACCUGAUCAAGGUAUAGGGCUCUCAUCGGAUGUGACCGGUUAACAGGGGAUGCAUGCUUGCUCCUUCCUAGGCAACUGAUCCCACCUCUGGUGUGUCCAGUGAUCCGUGUUUGCCCUACUCUUAAAGUAUUCUUGACAGGAAUUAUGAGAUUAAUCACUACUCGUUAUCUUUACUUUCUUCAUUCAAACCACAGGGCCUUUUCACGAAUUGACCCUCUCUAUUCUAUAUUCAGAUCUUACUAGUAAUAAGAUUAAAAGCUUGUGACAAGCCUAAACGUUUCAAGACCAUUGAUUCACCGUUAACCUUUUCAAAAAGCUAAAAAAAAAGUCCACCUCUACCCCCCCCCCCCAAAAAAAAAACCCAAAACAAAAAACAAUAAAAAAAACAAAAACAAAAAAAACAAUAAAAAAACCCACCAAAACACACGAACCAAAUAAAUAAAUAAAACAAAUGAUUUAAAUAAUUGUCCGGAAAUAUGUAUUCUCCACUGCCGUUUAAGUCUUCUUUUAGAGUUUAGAAUCUUGACAAAUAUUCAUCCAAUGAGCGCUCUGAGAAAAAUUUGUGCGUAAAUGUUAUGAAGAGAAAGUUGGAAAAAAACAACUUGGAUUUUCAUUAAAAUAUUGAAUUUGUUAAAAGAAAGGGACUCCACCUGGACGUCACAGAUGGAAAGCAGCCACAAAAUAUAAUAAACUAUGCGAGGAAUCAGUGCGCAUGACGACAGCUAACAUGUAUUAUUCGCAAGUGGACGUAAACAGACCUGAAUUUAUUAAAUGGGUCAUCAGCUGAUGGGCAUGGAAAAAUGGCUCCUGGUUUUAAGGGAGCUGUGACAUCCCUUAGAAUUAUUUUCUUGUUAUGGUAUUUAUAUAUCCAUAAAUCACAAGCUUUGGCGAGUGGUUGUACUCACGAACGUUAUGUUCUGACCAACAAAACUGGUAGCAUCUCGGUAGGGAAUGGCAUCCAUGACUACAAUAACUUCGCACGCUGCGAAUGGCUGAUCAAGGGCGGUGUCGGGAAAUCUAUUCAGUUAGAGUUUCGUCGGAUAGAAACAGAAUGUUCAUAUGAUUAUGUAUUUGUGUAUGAUGGGGACUCGUACAAUAGCACAAAACUGGCCAGCGUCAGCGGUGACACCUUACCAGAGUCACUGGUUGCUAGAUCAGGAUAUAUGCUGGUUUUAAUGUUCAGUGAUAGGAACUAUCAGAAGUGGGGAUUUAAAGCAAAUUAUUCUAUAACUGAUUGCCCUUUUAACUGCCAUGAUAGAGGAGUUUGCACCAACAACUCAUGUAUCUGUGAUAUUGACUAUACUGGGGAGAGCUGUGAGCACAAACUAUGCCCCAACAACUGCUCUGGAAAUGGACGGUGUAUUCAGUCUGGAAAUAGUAGCCAGUGGGGAUGCCUCUGUUCCCCUGGCUAUGUUGGCUAUGCAUGUGAUCUAGGUUUACAAGGAGAUGAGCAUAAACUGAAAUGGGUAACUUUACUUCCUAGCGUUAGGAAAUUUUCCGACAGAUUUGAACACAGUGCAGCUUUUAUCAAAAGUAAUGAAUGUGUAUACGUAUUUGGUGGGAAUUCACAAAACAGUGUGUUGGAUGACUUACUAAAGUACUGUUUUUCGGAGAGCAGGUGGGAAGUAAUAAACAAAACUGAACCAUGGCCCAGUGCUAGAUAUGACCAUAGUCUGGUUGUGUAUGAGGAGGGGAUGUUUGUGUUUGGGGGUGUUUUAUCAGACGGGUCACACAGUAACGAACUCUGGAUCUAUGAUACGGCCACUGCUAACUGGUCAUUAUUAGCUUCUAACAGUACCUUACAACCUCCAGGAUUAUCAGGACACAGCAUGACACUCGUGGAUGAUGUCAUGUAUAUAAUAGGUGGAAAAACGGAUGGUGGAAAGUACUCGUCUCGUAUUUAUAGUAUGAAUGCCUCUAGUCCUCAAUCCUGGAGUACUGUAAAGCUAUCUGGAGGCCGAAGUGGUGACCGUCUUCUUCAUGGACACUCUGCAGUAUAUCAUCCAGAAACAUCAUCCAUAAUUAUCUAUGGAGGUAUUGCAGCAAGAUCAGCACGCUAUACAACUUUGUCAAGCAAAAUCUUCACAUUUAACAUCAUUAAUAAGUACUGGACAGAGAUUCAUUACAAUAAUUAUGUGGGACCAGGAACACCACAUGUGCCACGACAGAGAGCUCACCAUACAGCUGUAAUCAUGGGGAAUUAUAUGGUUAUAUAUGGAGGAAACGUUCACAUACAUAAUACAGUGGAGAUGUGCUAUGAUGAAGGGAUCUACUUAUAUCAUCUGGGAUGUCACCAGUUUGUCAAUCAUUCACUGGUCCAUCAAGGUCUGAGUUACAAAAUGAUGCCCAGGAAAGGAAGGUUUGGUCAUACAGCUGUUGGCGUCCAUGGCAACAUUAUGGUUAUUAUAGGAGGAUAUAGUGGCUACCCCCACGGGGACAUACUGGCCUACAAGUUCCCAGGCGUUGUGGCUCCACCAGAUUCAGAAGUAAAUCUGGACAAGGAUUACUGUAUGGUUGACUAUGCAGACAUGCCCUAUUCCUGCUACAAUGACUUAGAGUGCAUCAUCUGUAAGAAUAGAACUGACAUUAAGAAAACUGGCUGUGUUCACAGGACCAGACCUGAGAUGUGUCAGAAUGGUGACUUGGCUGCUUCUAAAUUUCAUUGCCAUGGCAUCUGUUCUCUCCUCAAAACCUGUCAAUCAUGUUUGUCACAAGGUCAGGGUGUAAAGUUAACCUCUUCAUCUCCACGACGACGAUUCUAUCAGGAUGAAUGUUCUUGGUGUGUGAAAAAUUCAACAUGUCAGCGGAAAUCAGUUCCUGAGGGUUCCUGUCAGAGGGCAGAGGGAACAGUUUCAGGGAUCAUGGGAUGGUGGAAUGGAGUGAGCCCAAGCUGGACAGACAUCGACCAGUGUAGUGCAGCAGACAUUCCGAGUGGCAUUCAGAAAGCUACUUAUUACCAUCCCAGAAAUGAUUCACAGCCAGAUGAGGUGGAAUUCUUGGGUGAAAUAUCAGCUGUUCUGACCACAUAUCCAAACAGCCUGGACUCAACUGAAGAUGAUGAAUAUCUUUCGGUCAAUUUCCAUGGUUACAUAUGGCCAUUAGAGGUUCCGCCUGUUCAGGGGAUGACUGACUUGACACUAUAUAUAGAAUCGCAAAAUGCAGAGGCAACCAUAUCGCUCAGCAAUGAUAGCUCCAUCCAAAAUGCAGAAAAUGUGAGAAGACUGGCACCAUCUCCACAGCAGCAAGUUCAGGCUACAAUGAGGAAAAACAAAAGAGCAAUCUUCCCAAGUACUGCUAGAGACACUAAAUACUACUUUGAAAUGGAAGCAAAAAAGUUAUACAAAUCUCAGAAGAAUGCAACAGUAGCUGUUAAGUGGAAUGCAGGAAUAGGCAUAGCGGAAAACAUUAUUCAUAUCUAUACAGAGUUUUUGGAAAUGUUUCACAGUGGUGGCUGUGCUAAUUACACAAACUGCUUGUCCUGUAUGACCGAUGCCAGUUGUGGCUGGUGUCCAAGCAGUGACCGGUGCAUCAGAAAGGAAACUAAUUCAUCCUCAGCCUGGUGUGGGCCUGGCCAGGACAAGCUGUUGAUAACCCAUCCUGCAGAGUGCUCCAGGUGUCCUGAUUAUGUGGACUGCCCCUCCUGUUCACAGGACACACUGUGUGAAUGGAAGCGUGUAAAAGAACAAUGUCAUCGUCGUGGUCGGUUUGAUUCCAGCACUGUGGUCACCGAACCAAGCAAAUGUAGGAUGCCCUGUCAUGAAAAAAAGAACUGCUCCACAUGCAUUGCUGAACUGAACGAGUGUUUUUGGUGUGAAACAACCCAGACCUGCUUCCCAUUCAAUCACUAUAGCUCCCACUUCAUUCAUGGCAAAUGCCAGGACUGGGUGGACUUUGAUGGCAAACAGACCCACUCAUGUCUGGACUGUGCUGCCCGGCCAAACUGUACUUCCUGUCUGGAGCGGUUCGGCUGUGGCUGGUGUGGGGACUCUGACAACCCAAAGAUUGGGAAGUGUGUGGCAGGGGGGUUUCCAGGACCCUCUGAGGGAUCAUGUGAAGCUAUCAUAAGUUCUCAUACCAAAAUUACAAACCAGACGUUCAGUGGCCAAACGAAUUGGACGUAUGAUGAUUGUCUAGACGUUGAUGAAUGUCGGCUUGGUCUGCAUAAAUGUCACGAGAAAGCAGAAUGCAUCAACACAAAGGGACCAGAAGACUCGUACGAAUGUUUGUGUGAGAGGGGGUACAUCGGAAACGGAACACACUGCCAACUCACAUGUUUUCAUGAUUGUGUAAAUGGCACAUGCUCAGGGGAUCCAAAUUACCAGUGUGUCUGUGAUCUUGGAUGGACAGGAGUGGACUGCAGUAUCAAUUGUGGUUGUAACUUUCACAGCACCUGUAAGGAAGGGGUGGGCAAGUGUGACAAGUGCCAGGACUUCACUGAUGGCCAGUUCUGUGAAAAUUGUCAGUUUGGUUACUAUGGUAACCCAGCUGAAGGCUGUCACAAGUGUAGCUGUAAUGAUCAUGGAGACAUUUCUAAGGGUAUUUGUAACAAUAUCACAGGAGAAUGCUACUGUACAGGGAAUACACAGGGACUGGUGUGUCAGCACUGCUCCUCAGGCCACUAUGGCUCACCUGAAGAUGGAGGGAAAUGCUACAGAGCUUGUAAAGGGAGAAUUGUCUUGGAGCAAGCCAAAGGAUCACUUGGUUUGCAGUUGCCCAGGCCCUCAUCACAGAACAAGAAUGUACAUUGCCUCUGGAUCAUCAACUCUCCAAACACAGGGUCCAGCUUCACAGUCACUGUGGAUGGCAUCUCCACAUUGUGUAGGAAGAAUCAUGUGAUGGUGUUUGAUGGAGUUCCCACCUUUAUUUCUGGGAAUACCACCGAGAGUCGUCUCCUGGGAACAUUCUGUGGCUUUGAGCAGAAUUAUAAUGAGUCUUUCCAAACAAAUACUGGAACAGUCACGGUCUACUAUGAAAUAGACUUGGAUGAUUUAUCAGAAGACCAAAGAGGAUUUAACCUAAGUUAUGCUGUCAACCAGUGCUUGAGUUGUAAGGAGGGAGAAAUCUGUGUCAAUAAUCUCUGCCAGCCAGACCCUAACCACUACAAUGCAAAACAACACUUCCUGGUGUGCCCAGUGGGCUGUGAUACGAAGUCCCAUGGAACCUGUGUGUGCCUGUCUGAUCUGGACAUGAUCAUUUUCCCAUGGAACUUUUUAAAGCCAGUCAGCAAAGAGAAAUCAGGAAGUGUCCCUGGUCGUUAUGGUCACAGUGUCACUUCCUGUGGUGAGAACUCCGAUUCCUUUUACAUUUUUGGUGGUUACUCCCAGGAACAUGGAGCACUGAAUGACAUCUGGACAUACAAUCCAACCACCUAUGUAUGGACUCAAGUUGUGCCGAUCACUUCUGACCAUCCAGAUGGGAGAUUUUUUCAUCAAGCAGUUUGCAGUCCUGUGUACAAAGAGAUUUACGUGUAUGGAGGGGUUGUAAAAACAUCCUCUGGGGCCUAUGUAGCGACCAAUGAAUUCUGGAAGUUUUCUAUUGGACCAAGAAUGUGGACUAAGCUAAAUGUACCCAAGGAUUUCAGACCCAUUGCUGGGCACACGAUGACUUUGGUGAAGGAGCGCCACCUGGUGGUGAUAGGAGGCAUCUCGUCACACCGCUACUUCUCCAGUGAUGUGUACAUAUAUAACACCAUGUAUGAAGACAACAAACCAGCGUGGAGUAAAAACAGCCGUGGCAGCCUGCCUCCAGGCUUGUAUGGCCACAGUGCAGUCUACGAUCCUAACAAAGAUGUUAUAUACAUCCAUGGUGGAAUGGCAUUCAAACAGUCCAAGUUUGAUGUCUCCAGAGACACUUAUGUGUAUGAUAUGGAGAAGAAACAGGCCUAUUUUGUACAUGUCAGGAGCAAUGAACAGGAUGUUCCUCGAAUUUUUCAUACUGCUGUCCAGGCCCUGGACGGAAUGCUGGUGAUAGGGGGAAUGGGAUCCAAAGGACAAAUAACAGACCACAUGUCACUAUUUAGAUUCAAAUGCAGCGUGUGGCAAAAAUAUAAACAACACACUGAUCCAGGUAUAAAAUCCAAAACAUUCUACAGAGAAAUGACAAACAGCCUUAUAGCAGCAAGUUCCAUUCACCUGAAGGACAGAGUGUAUAUAGUGGGUGGGUAUAACGGCACCACUUUUAGCCAAGUGGUGACUAUUAAACCCCAAGAAACCAUCUGCCAGACUGCUACAAGAGAAUCAGACUGCAGGGCUAUGCAGGGGUGUGACUUUUGUGUCAAUGGAGACAUUGGAAUUUGCAAUGAAAGAACAACGCUGGACAGUAGCUGCUCGGGGGCAGAAAUUUGUAAUGAAGCCUGGUAUAACAAAACAGACUGCAGUUCCUACCGCUCAUGUCGGACGUGUUUGGCAGCUAAUCCAUAUUUCCAAUCACAGCCUUGUAAGUGGUGUAUGGACUGUGAAUCCUGCAUCAGAGCAGAGGAACAGUGUAACCACCACAAGGACUGCGAGGAGAAGUCGGCCAUUAGGUCCUCCAGCCAGUGCCUGCAGGAGAAAUGUGAAGUCAGCCAGUGUCCAGACUGCCUCAGUGACCAGGGUUGUACUUGGGCUAAUUGUAUACACCAGGGGGAGAACAACAUUCAAAUAGUGGACACAAGCUUCAGUUCAACUUGGAGAUGUACAAAGGAUGUCUUAGGUGGUGUCUGCACCAAUCACAGUGUGUGUCCCAAAAGAUGUGAUGAGUACACAGACUGUGAAUUGUGUCAGAAGGCCAGUGGAACGGGGGCAGGGUCAAGAGGCUGUGUCUGGAGCUCAGUCAAACAGCAGUGUUUUGAUGAGGCUUUGCUUCCCCUUCACUGUGUCAGCGGGGAGUGUGGUAUUGUCCUACAGAGGGAGCCACACAAAUGUCCAGAACCCUGUUCACGUUUCCAGAUCUGUGCCGAGUGUAUCAAGGCUCCUUGGUGUGGCUGGUGUGCCUUUGCUGGUUAUGGUGGUGAGGGGAUAUGUAUGCGAGGUGGUCGAGAUAACCCUACAGGAGCAGGAUCAUGUUUGGAGAAUGACAUCAGACAAAGCGAAGGAUACAGGCCCAUCAACUUGUGGGCUAAGAAGUCAAAAGGCGCACCCACCUGGGCCUACAGUUCUUGUCCCCCAGAGAAUGAGUGCGUGAACACACACCACGAUUGUGAUAACGAGAGCCAGGACUGCACAGACACAGAGACCAGUUAUAACUGUACCUGUAAAACAGGCUACCUGGAGGACCCAGCUAGUGGUAAAUGUAAACCCCACUGUCAUCAUAAGUGCAUGAAUGGAACAUGUAUCCGGCCAGACAUCUGCCAGUGUAACUUUGGUUACGUCGGGAAGCAGUGUGAGAAGGAGUGUGAGUGUUAUGGAAACAGCAACUGUCCAAACGACCUCAACCUCAGACUUUGCCUGAAGUGUAUGAACCAUACAAAGGGUGACCAAUGUGAAUCCUGUGAAAGUCGGUAUGUGGGAGAUCCAACCAAGAGGAAGUCGUGCGUGCCCUGUUUCAUCCAUUGUAAUAACCACACAUUAUCCUGUGUUUCAAUGACUCAGUACAGCAACAAAACAUUCAUGACCCAGUUUGGGCGUAACUCUUCCAUACUGAACAAUCCAAAACUUAAUGGAUCAAAACCAUCAGAAGCCAUUUGUGUUGGCUGCCAGAACAACACCAUGGGGAAGAGAUGCAACCAGUGCAAGGAAGGGUACUUCAGGGUGAAGAAAGAACACAAAACGCUGACAGACAUCUGCAUCAAAUGUCAGUGUAAUGGACACAGUGACACAUGUAAGAAUGAAACAGGAGAGGGUUGUCAGUGUUUGAACAACACAGAGACCCCAGCCUGCACGUCUAACACUGACCCCAAUGCAGACAAAUGCUGGCAAAAACAGUGUUCAAAAUGUAAGGAGUACUUUAUUGGCGAGCCUACCAAGGGACAUCACUGCUACAGACAAAUGACGGUUGACAAGGAGUACUGCUUUGACCCAGACACUCAGACCAACUGUAAUCAAAACCCUGGAUCCCUGCUCAAGGGGAGAACUGUGUUUUUCGCUGUACAGCCUCGAUACCUCAAUGUGGACAUUAGGAUAACAAUUGAUGUCAGGCAUGGAGCUGCAGAUGUGUAUUUUUCAUCGAGUGAGAGGACAUUUACAGUCAAUGUUCAAAAGGCUACAGGAGUACACAUGGUGGAGUUGGACUCAGACUUUUCUACUCCUCGUGUUUCACUGCAACCACAAGUCCGAUCACGACGCAGCGUGUUCAACUCCACGUCCAACACUUCCCACCCCCACUUGACGUUACAGGCCACAAAUUUCCAUACUUAUUAUACAGUGCAAGAAAGAGGAGCCAUUAUCAAAUUCAAGAAUGUUCGAUCUCGUCUGGUGAUGACCUUGCCUCUUGACCAGCAUAACCUUAAAACAUCAAAGUUUUAUGUAAUUAUUUAUGGCCAAGGUGAUGGAAGAGGAAGAGGAAGUUUUGGAAACCUGUAUUUCAGACAAGACCAACCCCACAUUGAUUUAUUUGUGUUCUUCUCCGUUUUCUUCAGCUGCUUCUUCUUAUUCCUGGCUAUUUGUGUUUUAUUGUGGAAGUUUAAACAGGCUAUAGAUACCCAAAGAAGCCGUCAACGACAGCAAAAAGAAAUGUUACACAUGGCAUCUAGGCCAUUUGCCAAAGUACUAGUGCUUAUUGAACCGGAAUCGUGCAUUUAUUCUUCAACUCCAGUGCCAAGAAGGCGAACAAAAUAUACCAAACUCAGUUCCAGAAAUCCACACCACCUGCCCUCCUUAACGCCAGUGGAAAGCAAUUUACCCCCACUGGCUGUUCACAAACCAAUGUUUCUGAAAGAGGCAUUGAGUCCCUUUGACAUUGUUCCCAUAGCGACAGAACCAACAGCAGACAAUAUGGCUGCUUUGAGAACUGUUGUCAUUCAGUUACCAGGGGACCAGUCGGCACCGUCUAAACUGUGUCUAGGGACAGGUCUCACUAGCCAGAGUAGUCGAAUGAAUAAUUCCAGUCACCAGAAGUCUGCUAGCCGACAGUCUACAGGCAGACAGAGGAACAUGUACCAAAACUUUUGACAAAACAUCAGCUGGAGCAGUUUCAGAUUUUGUACUUGCCAGUGCUAAUUUUUAGCUCACCAGAGCCUUCCAAUUUAGGUUUUCUGAUCAUUUUUGUGUUUUUUGCCAAGCAUAGCAACACUUAGGGAUUACUUUGUGUGUUGACUGUCUGUAUCUCCAUCUGUUUGUCACACCCUAAAACUUUGUAAUUUUGAGAGAUAGGUCUAUGGUAUUCAGAAUUCGUACUCCUUGUUUGAGGGUCAUUUAAUACAUACAAUGAUUAACAUUUGUCCAUCUGUCUGUGUAAACUGUGCCGAGGGGCCAUACGUUAGAAAUGGAGAAAUACCAAGAGUUCAUACUUCAUACAAAAAUCACUUAGAACCUGAGGAUGUGUCAUGAUCUUCAACAAAUGUCAUUUGCUCAAGUUCAAGGUCACUGGAAAGAAUUUUAUAUUUCUCAUCUAGGCUAUAACUAUAUAACAAAUAGACAUAAGGUGCAGAUACUACAUUGUUAUAAUACAGAUUGCCUAUUACCCGAGAGUGUCUUGAUGUAGACUCAGUUUGAAGAUCAUGGGGAGGGGGGUUCGAUUUCAUGUUUGGGCCAUAAUGUUUUAACAAAGAAACAUUAGGUGAUUUUAGUUUAUGAUCUGAGAGUAUCUUGGCCUUAACCCAAAUUCAUUUCCUUAAGUUCAAGGUCAUUGGAAGAAAAGGUUUAACUUCAUGUCAGGACUAUAACUCUAGACCUGUAAUGGAGAAGUAUUAAAUGUAAGUUUGAUUAUGAUCUAAGGUUAUGUGCAUGAUUUAAGGGAAUUCAGUGACCUUAACCCAGGUCAUUUGCUAGAAGAAAAAGUCAAAACUUAAAUAGGUUAUACUCAUAAUUGACAAAAGUUUAUAUGAAUAUGGGGCUUUGUGGUAUUUCAAAUCUUUCCCAGUUUAGAUGAGCAGACACAGCAUGCUCAGUGAUUCCACCACAGGCUGCACAUGUUCCUCGUAACUCUAGCAUCAUUUUUAUUUAGAAUUGUAUUUUUGUUAGUGAAUUUUUAUUGAAAAGAUUUAUUGAUUAUCAUGAUAUUUAGUAUAUGAAGAAAAUUAAAUUACCUCUUCCAGUGGCUUGAUAAGAUGAAUUUUGUAAAUCUUUUUCAGUUUGUGAAGAUUUUUUUGUAUUUUACAUCAUCUUGCAAUUAUUGAUACAAUUAACUAAGUACUGUGAAACAGACAGACUUGUAUGUAUGGAGACCAUUUCGAUGUACAUGAAAACAUGCCCUUUGUUCUGUAAUGAUCUACAAUGCCAAGCCCAGCUCAGCAUAAUACUCAGUUCAUAUAUAUACCUUCCAAAUUUUUUUUUAUGAAAGUAUCUGCUUGAAGUAGUGCUGGUGAAAGGCACUUGCUAAAUAAUUAUAAAUGAUAGCUUGAUUAUUAUUUACAUUUAAGGGUGUUACUGUUGGAUUUUCAAUGAUGUACAAAGAAUAAUGCUGAUUUUCUUAAUGCUAGAGUGUGAAGUGUGUUUUCUUUCAAUAUCAAACUGGAGAUGUCUUUUUGCUAGUGUAUAACAGGAGAUGUCAGUGUUCUAGGUAUCGAUUUCUUGUACUCUUAGUAAAAUGUGACUAUUUAUCAUCCCUGUCAAAUCAUAAGCGGUAUAGAUGCAAUUUUAACCCAGUGUGUUUUUAAUUAAUGUGUAAAUAAGCUGAGGUGUUGAUGUUGACUGUGAUUUCCAUGUGAACAACUGGCUGUGUUCAGACAGAAUGACAUGAACUGCUUGUGUUCAGACCGAAUGGCGUGUUAUAAGGUGCUUUAUGAAUGUUGUCAUACGCUAUGUAGCAAGUGUAUGAUGAAAUUAUGCAUGUACAGAGGAAAUGUUGGAUUUGAUUGCUGUGAAAUUUACAUGAUUGUGUUAAAUGGUGUUGUUGAUGGUGUCAUUUUCUGGAAUGUAAUUGUAUCCAGCUUAAAAGGAAUUUCUGGCAUAUGUUACUUUUUUGGUAGAUAUUUAUAACUUCAUGUGUUUCUUUUCCUCUGAGAUUGCAAGUGCCAUAACUAUUAGCUGAAUGUCAUUAUUAUUGUUAAAAGAAGGGUAUCUCUGCCUAGUCUUUAAAACUUUCAAUAUAUAUACACACAGUAGGAGCACUUGCAUUGUGAAACCCUUUGAGUAGCUAUGGAGAUCAACAUUCCGUAGAUCGUUCAGAUUUGUGUUGACGUCACACAAUAACCACAUAUACCUCCUUUGUCAAGUAAUGCUCAUCUAGUCGUAUAAAUAUAUUACACAAUUAUUUUUAUAUAUCGGUAGGCAUUUGAAGCUUUAAUCAUUAGUUGUGAUCCUUUAUUCAAUGCAUUAUGUUCCCUAUCCCUUUCCAGCCCUGGUGAUUGCUUUAAUUAUAUUUGUUAUUGCUUUAUUCAGUAUUUUCCCAGUGCUUUGUGAAUGUUUUUUUUUUAUUAUUAUGAAACACCAAAUUAAUACAUGGGCAUUUUUUAAAAUACACAUGUAAUAGUAAACUUAAUUUUGGGAGUGAUUUAUAAUUCAACGAAAAGGUAACAUUGAAUUUUUGCAACUUAUAGGUAAGCGACGUAGAAUUACAGUACAUAGAAUAACAUGGAAAGAUUGCUGGAAUUAUAACGCGAAUACAAUGUUAUAUUUAGAUCUUUUUUCGCUGAUGUAGUAGAAGUCAUUCUCUACAUUCGGGAUGAAUUACUGAUACAUAUAUAUACCUAAAAAAAAUUCUUGGAAGUUUUUUUGAUUUUAUGCAGACUUAAUCAAUGCAAUUUUUGCUGAUAUGCUUUACUUAAUGAACAAUAUCAACAUGGAAGUGUGGGAACAAUCAAUAUUUCUUUUGAAUUGAAGUCAUAUAUAAAUGAAAUCCAUUUCCUGGUAACUUUGUUGAAUCUGCUCAAAAGUAAAAUAUCAACACUUAAUGACUUUUAAUUUGGGGGAAAUGUAAAAAUAUUCACACCUGUAUUCAUACAUAUGUAGUUACAUUGUGAUUACCUAAAUUAUGCUUUCCUCUCACCUUUUUUUUUUUUCUUUAAUGAGGCUUAGCUAUUGAAAGAUAUGUAAUUCAUUAUGUUGCAGUCUAGUCAGUACUCUUUGCUCUAAUGAUUAGUGGCUUUUCACUCUUCAAAUUCAAUUGAAGGUAGCACACAAGUGGCUGUGUUUUUGGGUUUUUUAUGGAAGUGUGUGCAUUUUCACAUUUGUUUUUAUUCUGCAGACUAUUUUACUGCUUUUAAUCAGAAAUGCACUCUGUACAUAUUAUUGAAAUAUUAUUGAAUUUUUUCAUGCCCCCAUAAUCAGAGAUUUGGAGCCAUAUAGUUUUUGGUCUGUCUGUCUGCAAAAAAUUACUUUGGCCAUAACUUUUGAACAGUUAGUUCUAGGGCUUUCAUAUUUCACACGUGUACAUGUGUUCCUUGUAACAAGACCUCUCUUUGAUACCAAUAUUUUUGACCUCGUGACCCUCACCAUGGGAAUUUGAUCUACUUUCGAAAACUUUAACCUUGGUCAUAACUUCUAAAUGGUUAGUGACAGGGCUUUCAUAUUUCAUAUGUGUAUUCCUUGUGACAUAACCGUUCUUUGGGUACCAGAAUGACUUUGCUGCCAUACAGGGGCAUCAGUGUUUCACAAACACAUCUUGUUUUUAUAUAAUCCCAGCACCCCAUCAUGUAACAGAUAUAACUAAGUACUCUAAUUACUUGUAGUUGCUUGAAAAGCUAGUAUAUGUGUGAUAGUACAUACCAGUAUGUAUACCAAGUUUUGUACAAAUAUCAUGUGAUAAGUAUUAUACAUUUUGCAGAAGUAGAAUACUAGAAUACUUAUAUAUAUAUUAUUUUGUUAUUCCAUGACAAAGAUGAAAGUCUGGAAAUUAUCUUUGAUAACCAAGAUUUAAUGAACUCAUGGGAGUUUUUGAUACUUGACGGAAAUCCUUUUGAUAUUUGUUGCUUUAAAGGACUCAUGAAUGAUACAAAUAACUUUAUUAUGUGAAACAUGCAAUAAAAGGGCCAGUAAUUAAUAGCAAUUGCUUGGCAGUUUUAUUAGUAAUUUGGAUCUCCAGGAUUUACAAUCAAAAAAUAAUUAUAAACAGGUAUAUUUGUUACUUCAAGAGUGUACUUAAAAAGGCAGAACAUGAAUUUUGAAGGCCGAGAUUUUAAGCCAUUCCAAAAUUUACAUGUGGAAGAUGAAAGAAUUGUCCCUUGUUAGUUAACGUGAAAAACAAUGAUGUAAGUAUUGAUUGAUAUAACUACCCAAGUGUGACUGCGAAUUGAUGACCUCGCGUGUUUUGACAACAUUUAACUCAGCAUCUUCAUUACAUGCUGAUUAUGUAAAUUGUAUAUAAAAAAAGAAAGAAAUAACAGACUGUAUACUUGACCGACAAUCUAAUUAAAAUUAGUUGUUAGAUUUGUGUAGCAAGUAUGUGAGCAGAUCUAACAUCUAAUUUUAAUUAUAUUGACUUGACCGACUGCUAAUGUCCUCUACUAUUUAUAUGUAAUCCCCCACUAAGAGAGAAUGAAAGAAAUAAUAGACGUUUCUUGGUAUCUUGAUUUAUAUUAUUAUAAAAACUAAAAUUCUCUUAUGUACGGGUAAAUACAUGUAAUAUUUACUCCUGUACUAGAGUUGAUUAUACAGAGAAUGUGGGGGAUUUUUUGGUGAAAGUUAAUCUUUCUACCAUUAAAAAGUGCCAUGAAUAAUGUCCGCAUGUGAUGAACGAUCUUAAUGUUUUAUAAAACUGCACAGCUUUUUGCCACAGAGGACCAUGUUUGUAAAAUUAUGCUCCACUCCUUAUCUGAAGUUUUCCCCUGGUACAGAAGUCUCGGCCUUUAAAGGAAAACACAGUUGUUCUGUUGCGUAAACCUAUGUUCAAUUUGAUCUCGUGGAUUUCCUGUAUUGUAGUUUUUGUAUCCCAAUGCUUUGACUUUAUUACUUAUAUACCUGUAAAUACAUGAGAUGUAUAAUUUAGAGUGAUUAAAUGUAUAUAGAGUGAUAUUGUAGCAAGUGAUGACUCAACUUUUGUAUCUUGAAAUCUUUUACAACCUUGUAAGGAAUCACCAACAGCUAGCUUUCAGAGUGGCUUUGACAAAUGUUUCAGAAUGCACAUGUAUUGUUGAUGCUCAUUGGAAAAUUGUUUGAAACUGAAAUUUGUUAUGAUAUUUUGUUUAACUAUUUUUUGUGAAGGAUAGGCUGUUUGCUUUUACAGGAGGCACAUAGAAAAGAGAAAGGAUUCAGACAGCUGUGUAUGAAUACAUUCAGAAAAAUGGCUGCUUAGGUAUAAUUGUUAGCAGAAUGGCUAAGUUCAUAUUUGUUUUUUGUUAAUUUGUAAGAGUGUAUAUAGAGUCAAGCACUUGACAAUGCAAUAAAAUAUUGUACUACUUAAA